CUCUAUUUCUAUUCUUCUCUCUGGCACUGGGAAGAUCCCCCGCCCUUUUCAACCAAUUCCAAAUCCGGCAGCUAACGUCACGGCCGUCGCCGCCGUCUUUUCUAAACUCUAAUUCGCCGUUGCGCCUCUUCUCCACUACCCCCAAUUUCCCCAAUCACCAAUUCCUCUAUAUCCAAUCAAAACCCCAAACCCCAAAUCCGUAAGGUCCUUCAAGUUUCUGGGCUCCUCGUUUUUCUCCAUAUAGCCCUACCCUUCGGUUAAAGUUCGAGUCUUUACGAAUUUUUACGUCUUCCAAACUUGGAUUCGGCUGUUUGAUUGUGCCUACCAUCUCCCUUUUGAAGCCCUUUGUAUAUAAUCAUGCUUGCUGGAGUGAAGUUCAUACCUCGGGAUCAGAUUGAUAAAGAUGAAAAUUUGAAUGCUUCUGGAAAACAGAAACAGAAGAAGGGAUCCGGUAAUAAGUAUGGUAAGCGUAGGAGGGAAAAGAGUUCUGGAUAUAGUACCUCGGAUAAUGAAGACCUUGAGAGAAUAAAGAAGGGAUCUAAAAAAAAGUGGUAUUCAUCGGAUGAAUACUCUUCGUCAUCAUAUUCUUCGGGAAAUGAAAGUGAGGGAAGUUCUGACCGGGAUAAAAAGAAGCGUUGGAAUAAGAAAAAGAAGAGAUCGAGUAGCAGUAGAAGAGAUUAUAGUUCAGAAGACCUUUCAUCUGCUUCUGAUAGUUACUCUGAUAGGAAAGACAAGCGCAAGAAGAGAAGCCGAAAAGAUGGAAAUAAAAAGAGUAGAGAAAGAGGGCAAGGAGGUAAAAAAGAGGAAGAAUAUUCUGAUGGAGGCAGGGAAACUAGUACGGUGAAAGAUGGGGAAAUUGUGAGGAAGAAAAUUGGUUUGGAGUGGAUGCUUAGACCUGAAGGAAAAGAGAGAACACCUGCCAUCACUCCAGCGGACCAGCCAAAAGAAAUUCCAGUUGAAGAGACAGAGAAGGUUAAUCCUAGGGAAUUGAAUCCAUAUUAUAAAAAUGAUGGAAGUGGUUAUCCAGAAGAUAAAGAUGAACCUAAAGCUGGUGGGAACCGACUUUUAUCUUCUUCUGUUGUUGGGGAUGGAGGUGCAAGUUGGAGACAUAAAGCAUUGAAGCGGGCACAAGAGCAAGCAGCUCGAGAAGGACAAGGACUUCAUGAGGUGGUUGAAGAGCGUCAUGGUUCUCUCGGUGAACUAGCAGCCUCAGUCCAUUCAUAUAAAGCAGCCCAUUCUCGUGCUCAUCUACAUGCAAUACAAAGUAGGAAAAAAGGGCUGAGUGAGGAACACCAGCCAGGUUCCAACAACAUUGAUAGAAAGGACACUAGCCGUCCCUACUUAAAGGAUGAUUCUGUCCGACAUCGUGGAAUGAGGGAGCCUAAUGUUCAAGGUUCUAUAUCCUGGAGAAAACAAAAAGGUCAAAAGAGUCGAGAUGUCUCUGCCAAGGACUCUACUCUACUAGCCGAUGCAGUGUCUAGCAUAAACAGGUUUUCCAAUGACGGAAGCUUCCUUAGUGAACUUAUUCAUAAGCAGACUAAUGAUUCUAGCAAUCCUGUCAAAGAUAAUGUACAAGACACAAAAAAAUCCAGUGAAGGCAGUGCAGCUGCCUCUAUGGGUGACCUGAGUGCGAACCAGUUGGCAGCUAAGGCCUUUCAGCUUCAAAUGAAAGGGAAGGUUGAGGAAGCUAAGGAACUUUUGCAAGAAGUAGAAAAUUUAAAGGCAAAGCAGGGUGGUGGAGAUAAUCCGAUGCGACCACAAAGUGAAAGAGGUACAAAUAGAUAUGCUAUGCAGGAUAUGUCUCUUCGUCAAAAGAAAAAGGAUGAUGAUGGUGACAUGCAUUUAGCCCAGAAGAUCAUGCAGAACAAAAAAUAUAGCAUAUCUGGUCAGGCAGAUGAUGAAUAUGAUUUUGAUGGUAGUCCAAGAAAAAAAUCUAAAAAGAAGCAGGGAAGUGUUGAUCACCAGGCCACCCAGAAUAAUGCAUUUGCAAAUCGUUUCUCCAUUCAGCAAGAACGCUGCCUUUUCUGUUUUGAAAAUCCGAAGAGACCUGCACACCUGGUUGUGGCAAUUGGAGAUUAUUCAUAUUUGAUGUUGCCACAGCAGAAGCCUGUAGUGGAUGGUCAUUGCUAUAUUUUGCCGAUGCAGCAUGUGCCAGCCUCUAGAACUCUUGAUGAUCAUGUGUGGGAAGAAAUUCGAAAUUUCAAGAAAUGCCUUAUUAUGAUGUUUGCAAAGCAAGAGAAGGAUGUUGUGUUCCUUGAAACAGUGAUGGGAUUGGCUCAACAGCGGCGCCACUGUAUAAUAGAGUGCAUUCCUUUGCCCCAGGAUAUAGCUAAAGAUGCUCCCUUAUAUUUUAAAAAGGCAAUUGAUGAAGCUGAAGACGAAUGGAGCCAACACAAUGCCAAGAAACUUAUUGAUACAAGCGUAAAGGGAUUGCGAGGUUCAGUUCCAGCUAACUUCCCAUAUUUCCAUGUGGAGUUUGGUUUAAAGAAGGGGUUCGUCCACGUAAUUGAUGAUGAAACGCAGUUCAAAAGCAGCCUCGGCCUGAAUGUUAUAAGAGGCAUGCUAGAGUUGCCUGAGGAAGACAUGCAUCGCCGUGGAAGGUAUGAGGCAGUGGAAGUGCAAAAGCAAGCCGUCAAGAGGUUUGAUCAAGAUUGGGCCCCGUUUGACUGGACAAAACAGCUACAUCAGUCGUAAUGGUCUUUUCAACAUAUUUGAUAUGGUUGGUAUCUUAGAUCUCUUCACGACUUCACCUGGUUUUAACUUACACCGUACUUCUAACGUUGGAAAGAGAUAAUUUACUGGGAAGUACAAGUGGGAUAAACCCAACCCCACAAGGAUGUAUCAAUA